AUGCCUUCCUCUCAACCCUUUAGCCAUGGAGCUCUUCGUGACUCCUGGCCACCUACUCAAAUCAGAAUCGACCAUGGCGACUUCCACGAUGUUGACCUAUCCCACAUCGACCAAGACCCUCUCACAUACUUCCUCACGCCCACACCUGCCGCCGAUGCGCUUGACGACGACGACAUGGAUUUCGACAUGGAUUUCGACGCUGGUAUUGAGGACACCAAACACCCGGCGCCCAUCGUGAGAAGCGUCAGCCCAUCCAGCCUCGGUGGCCUCAGCCUCCCGCCCCCUCGGCCACCAACACCACCCAGGUCGUCGUCGACUCCCGAGCUCGACUUUGACGGGUACCCGACCCCUGAUGACAAGGAAGACUAUAUGCAUCUCGCGGCCGCCGCAUUCAAUUUGCCUGUUCUCCGCCUGAAGGACCUGACCAAGAAGCCCAAGAUGAGGUCCCGUCCAAACAUUAGCAGCAGCAACAGCCGCCCCAGCAGCAGACUGGACAACUACAGGGACAGUCACUCGACGACCGACUACGACCUGCCCCUGACACCUCCCUCUCCGUCUUACAGCCACUUCGCCAACCGCGGUCGACCAGUGACCCGACCUAGUCCGCGAACCGGCAUGACCAGACCAUUCCGUCGGUCACCGCACUCUUGGCGGGAGCCCAGCCCGGAUGUUUGGGCUAUCGAGGAGGAGACGGAUGAGGAGCUUCACGACAGCGAGAUGGGUGACAGUCACCACGCGGAGCACAAGUAUGCUGGUGCUAGGAACAUUGAGUCACCGUCGACGGCUUCGUCAAAGGGAAGAAGAGGGUUCGGUUUGCGCUGCCCUUCGAGCAGUGAUUCAUUUCAGCUUAUGUGUUUCGUUGGAGGACCUCAUCUCAUCACCUCCAUUUUUUAA